AUGGGUCAGGAUGGAAAAACCGACGAACUACCGGUUGCACACCCCAUAGUGACACAACUGUCUGCUGAAUAUCACGAUAAAACGACUCUGGAUCAAACUGCUAACGCCGAAAAUGCUGCCCGACAUUUCACCGAGGCAGGCAAUGCCACGAACAACGCUGUCGAGAAACUCGACCGUGGUCCACUCUCAAGGCUUCAAGCAAAGAGACUUGGUGAUUACAUCAUCAUCUCCUUGUACCAUUCGGACCCAGAACAUCCCAACAACUGGCCUAGGAAAAAGAAGAUGUUGAUAUCGUUUGCGGGAGGGCUCAGCGUCAUCAACAGCACAAUCGGAUCCUCCUUACCCAGCGGCGUCAUCGACCAGAUCUCGCAGCAUUUCGCUGUCACCGAUGAACUACAACUCGUGCUCCCUAUAUCCUGCUAUCUGAUGGGGUACGUUAUCGGUCCCAUACUCUUCGGCCCGCUGAGCGAGCAUCUCGGACGGAAAACAGUCAUGCUUGAAGCGUUCAUCAUCUACAUUCUCUUCUCCAUGGCUUGCGCGGUAGCUCCUACCUGGGCCUCCUUUCUCUUUUUCCGACUUAUCUGUGGGACAGUGGCAUCGGCACCAAUAGCCAUUGUUGGUGGCCUAUUCGCCGACAUCUACAGCGAUCCUGAGCCUAGAGGAUUCGCCAUGGCCUGGUUCACGUGCGCCACGUCAACCGGUCCUGUUCUAGCUCCUGUUAUAUCGGGCUUCAUCGGUCAGUCCACAUCCUGGCGAUGGGUAUUUGGGGUCGGAACCUUCAUCGCCUUGGCUACGCUUCCUUUACUUCUAUUCGCGCCGGAAUCGUAUCUGCCUGUCAUCUUGUCCCGAAAAGCAGCACGACUGCGGAAGGAGACAGGGAACAAAAACAUCGUAGCGGCAACGGACAACCAGAAGAAGUCUCUCAGAUAUAUUCUGACUGUUAUAAUGAUGAGGCCGUACCGCAUGCUGUUCCAGGAAACCAUUGUCGCAUGCGUUUGUCUCUACUCGACUUUGGUAUACGCCAUCUACUACCUAUACUUCGAGGUAUACCCUAUUAUAUUUCAAGGUCCGGACUCAGUCUAUGGCUUUUCACCUGGCAUUACCGGUCUUGCCUUUUUGCCUAUUGCCCUGGGGUCGGUUUUAACCGCACCAAUCUUCCUUUGCUGGGAUGCUUAUUGUAGGAAAGCAACAGCCCGAGGCCAUACCUGGGUCAAGCAAGAGGAGUAUCGUCGACUGCCACUUGCUUGCAUCGGCGGUCCUCUAUACUCCAUUGCUAUGUUCUGGCUGGGUUGGUCCGCACGGCCGGGCAUUAAUUUCAUGGCUCCGAUCAUGUCGGGAUUUAUUUUUGGAUUUGGGUAUUUCCUCACUUUCACGGCGCUGCUGAACUAUGUGAGCGAUGCGUAUCUCACUUUUGCAGCAUCCGCGCAGGGCAUGUCGAGUACAUGCAGGAGUAUAGGCGGGGCUCUUUUGCCUUUAGCUUCAAAACGAAUGUACCCAUUUGAUCAUUCCGUACUGUCGACGAAUAUGGACGAGCACCAGCCACAGGCGGAUUCGAUAAUCACUCCAGAGGCGGACGAUGAUCUGCACAGUGAUUGGGAGGAGUACGAGAGCGGAAUGGAUGCAAGUUCGACUGCGUCUUUGACGUCGAGUAUCCUGAAUUAUCAAUACGAGAAUGGUCGGCGAUAUCAUGCAUACCACCAAGGGGAAUAUGUCAUCCCCAAUGAUGAACGAGAGCAAGAGCGACUUGACCUGCACCAUCACAUUUGCUGUCUUGCUAUGGGAGGAGAUCUAUAUCGAGCUCCUCUUCCCCAGGGCAUACAGAGGGUAUUGGAUAUUGGAACAGGAACAGGGACAUGGGCAAUCCACAUGGCCGACUCAUUUCCCGAAGCAAUUGUUAUAGGCACGGAUCUAAGCCCUAUUCAACCUUCAUGGGUUCCCCCAAACUGUAUCUUUGAAAUCGACGACUUCGAACUCGACUGGAACUUCUCGCAACCGUUUGACUUCAUCCACGCCAGGGCCAUCGAGGGAUCAGUGAAGGACUUCCCCCGACUAUUUAGCCAAGCCUACGAAUUCCUUAGACCCGGUGGAUGGUUCGAGGUCGUAGAUUUCACGGCUGGGGUCUUCUCUGACGACGAAAGCUCUCAGAAAUCCACCAGCUUGCUCGAGUGGCGGGACCGACUAACCGAAGCAAGCGAAAUGUUCGGCAAACCAUUGGGCGUGUCGCCUAAUUACCGAGAGUGGAUGAUCCAGGCGGGGUUUAAGAACGUUCGGGAGAAGAUAUUCAAGGUCCCGUUCUCUCCGUGGGCUAAGAAUCCCAAGUUGAAAGAGCUGGGUCGGUACCAGCAGGAAAACAUGCUUGAAGCUCUCGAUGCGUAUUCGUUGGCGCUAUGUACGCGGUACCUUGGAUGGAGUGUGGAGCAGGUGCAGGCGCUUUUGAUAGGCGUUAGAAAAGAACUAAAAGAUUGUCGUUUGCAUAAUUACUCCCGAUUGUAUGUAGUAUACGGACAGAAGGGGGAUCUCUAA